GUGCUGCUAUGCAUGUGUGUGUGUUUGCGUUGUGUGCACAGCAACGAUACAGCUCUCAGCUGUGGCUGCUAUUUUUGAUAUUACUACAAACUGAACACUCAACGCAGACAGACGCAACACUGGCAGAGCGUGCGAGCGAGCGAUUGAAAUAAAGCAUUGACGAGCGAGAGAGAGGGAGAGAACAAAAGUGCGCGCGCCGAAAUCAAAGCGAACAAACAACAACGACAGAGAGAGCGAGAAAGAAAGAGUAAAGGGGAAGCAUAUCAGACAUUAAAGGAGGAGAAAAAAAAAACGUGCUAAAGCCCCAAAGUGCUAACCAAAAAUUUAAUAUAAAUUAUAUAAAAAAAAAAUACAAUAUAUAAAUCAGGAAAAAGAGGCAAAAAGAAAUGGACAACGCCAGUGAUUUAAAUCUUGUUGUGGAUGUCAUUGUGCCCGUCGUCUUCGUAAUUGUACUGUGUGUUAUCAAUGUUUUCGUAGUGUGCUAUAUCAUACGCAGGCGAAAAGAAUAUCAAGAUUUGACCGAUCGAAGUAGAGUAGCAGCGGGAGCAGCAGCAGCAUACGAUGCACCAACAACAUCAUCAGGACAUCCAGCAAGAGCAGAUGAAGACAUUGAAAUGGAGCGACUCUAGCGGCAAAAAUAAGACACUCGCCACCAGUGUUGCCUUGUUAACAACAAAACUAAAUAUUAGUAGUAGAAUAUAGAUUUUACGAUACUCAGCGUCAAUGGAGGAGGGACAUUUUCUAUUUAUGGAUAAAUGAUGACAAAAGUACAAAGCGAUAAAUUGUACAAUGAAACAAGCAUGUUGAAAAACACAAAAAACAUUUAUCUCAAUAUAUAUUAUUGUAUAUAUAGAUUUGGUUAAAUGGGUGUUGGUUUUUUUUGCUAUUGUAAUGGUGCGAUAACUAAUAUAUAUUUAUAUAUUAGCACGUGCAUUUAAUUACUGUUCCUAAGCGUUGACGCCUAUUUUUUACGUAAUUUUAUGUGCAAAUUUUUUGUAAUAAUAAAACACAAUUUU